AUGAUCCCCAAGGAGAGGCCGGACGGCCCGGGAGCCGGCGAGGAGAGCGCGAGGCUGCAGGAGGCAGGCAGCGGCUCUGACCCCCUGGCCCAGACACCACGUGGCCGCCCGCAGAGCCGCAGGGCCCGGGUCCACCAGCAGAUCACCAAGGAGCUGCGGAUGCGAACGGGUGCUGAGAACCUCUAUAGAGCCACCAGCAACGCCUGGGUCAGGGAGACAGUGGCCCUGGAGCUGAGCUACGUCAACUCCAGCCUGCAGUUGCUGAAGGAGGAGCUGGAGGAGCUCAACAGUAGCAGCGUGGAGGCUGACCGGCCUGAGGGGGAAGGUAUCACUGUCCCUAUGAUCCCCCUGGGGCUGAAGGAGACCAAGGAGCUGGACUGGUCCACACCGCUGAAGGAGCUGAUCUCUGGGCACUUUGGAGAGGACAGUGCCUCCUAUGAGGCCGAAAUCAAGGAGCUGGGAGACCUGCGGCAGGCCAUUCGGACCCCCAGCCGGAGUGAGGCGGGCCUGGAGCUGCUCAUGGCCUACUACACCCAGCUCUGCUUCCUGGACGCGCGCUUCGUCGCCCCUCCCGGGAACCUCGGGCUACUCUUCCACUGGUACGACUCGCUCACGGGCGUCCCGGCCCAGCAGCGGGCCCUGGCCUUCGAGAAGGGCAGUGUGCUUUUCAACAUCGGGGCCCUCCACACCCAGAUCGGGGCUCGCCAGGACCGCUCCUGCCCCGAGGGCACCAGGCGCGCCGUCGAGGCCUUUCAGAAGGCUGCUGGGGCCUUCAGCCUCCUGAGGGAGAACUUUUCCCGAGCACCCAGCCCUGACAUGAGCCCGGCCUCGCUCUCCAUGCUGGAGGGACUCAUGACUGCCCAGGCCCAAGAGUGCAUCUUUGAGGGUCUCUUGCUGCCGUCUCCUGAAGCCCCCCAGGAUUGCCUGGCCCAGCUACGCCUGGCUCAGGAGGCAGCCCAGGUGGCAGCUGAGUACAGGCAGGUGCACCGGACCAUGACCCAGCCACCUGUCCGAGACUACGUGCCCUUCCCCUGGACCACCCUGGUGCACGUCAAGGCGGAGUACUUCUGCGCCCUGGCCCACUACCACGCGGCCGUGGCCCUCUGCGACAGCCCCCCAGCAGCUGAGGAGGACUCCCCAGUGCUGCCGCAGGCCUUCCUUGGGCCCCCGGCCACGUCGGAGCCACGGGGCGCCGUGCUGCUUCAGGAGCAGGAGGAGCGCAGGAAUCUGGGCAAGGCCCACCUGAAGCGCAGCAUCCUGGGCCAGGAGGAGGCGCUGCGGCUGCACGCCGUGUGCCGGGCCCUGCGCAGGGUGGACCUGCUGCAGGCUGUGCUGGCCCAGACGCUGCAGCGUUCGCUGGCCAAGUACUCGGAGCUGGACCGCGAGGACGACUUCUUGGAGACCGCCGAGGCUCCUGACAUCCAGCCUAAAACACAGCAGAAGCCAGAGAUCAGGGCGCCCAGCUUCUCCAGGGUGAAGGUGACCGAUAUCUUCCAGCGACUGGGGCCCCUGUCAGUGUUUUCGGCCAAGAACCACUGGCGGCUGGCCGGGCCUGUGCGCGUGACCCGCGGAGAGGCCGGCUUUGGGCUCACGCUGCGCGGAGACGCGCCUGUCCUCGUUGCUGCUGUCAUCCCCGGGGGCCCGGCCGCGGCAGCCGGCCUGCAGGAGGGCGACUACAUCGUGUCCCUGAACGGGCAGCCCUGCAAGUGGUGGAGGCACGCCGAGGUGGUGGCGCAGCUGAAGGGCGUGGGUAACGAGGGUGUGAGCCUGCAGGUGGUCACGCUGCUGCCCCGGGCGGAGCCCCCUGGCACGGGGCACCACCGGCCAGCCCUGGGAGGGCUUCUGAGGAUCCAGAAGGAGUGCGGGUGGGGGACACCAGCUCCUGCACGAGCCAGCCCCAGGCGCUUCCUUGGCUGGAGCCGCAAGGCCAAGAGGGGCAAGACCACAGGGAGGCUGUCCCCUCAGCCCUGAGCUGCGUGCCACCCUCCCCCUCUGGGAUCCCAGUGCCCCCCACACCCCCAGUACGUCCUCCUCCGUCCUGAGGCACUUUCAGGCCAGUUGGCUGCCCCCCACCCCGUGCCCAG